UAGAAACUUUUAGGUUACGGCCUACCAAGUCUGUGUUAUUUCAACAACUUACUAGUAAACUUUCUUAAAGGAUUAUUUGCAAUUAUUUAUGUAAUAUUACGAUCAUUUCUUUGUCUUUAUGAUUCAAAACCUGUGAGAUGAAACGUGAGAGUAUAUUGAUUGAAAUUUACAUGGCCAAGUUACAUAUUUGCGAAAAAAUACAUUUUCCCGGCGACAUGACAUGUGCAUUGUGAUUGCGUAUUGCGUACGGCGUAUGAGGUAACCUUAUGAAGGGAAUAAUUAGAGACGGAACACUAAAUACAUUGUUGGGAUAAGGUCAUUAAGUGAAUUUAAAAUGACUAUUUAUUGAAAUCAAAAUGAAUCCCAACUUAUUUCGUGUUCAAUUGAAACAGCGUACGAGUGCUGACGAACGUCGAGUCAGGCGUGAAGACAAAGUAUAGGCAUAAAGCCGAACGAAGUUCUCGGCUGCCUCCGGCUGCGUGAGGAAAUAGAACUCCUUUGGCCACAUAUUAGCAGAAUAAAGAAAGAACACGAUGGACAUCAUAUUAUUGAAGCGUCUUAGAACAUUUGCCAAUAGUAUAAAAGAGCAUCAAGCGAAAGCAUCAGAGCUAUGUGCGUGUCGUCCAUGGGAAGGUAAUGAAGUGGAACAAGCCGCUAUCAUUGCCUCCAAGUUACAGUCAACGCUGGGGAAAUUUCAGAGUGAUCUCUAUCAGUAUUUUAAUACAAGUACUGAUCCGAACCCUGAUGAGGUCUCGACCUUAACAGAGAUGCAAUUACAAGGCGAGGAAAUUUUAGCUGAACUUAAUGCCAGAAUACAGUCCAUUAAAGAACAAGGCCAAGUUAAGUCCGACCCUGUUAAGAAUAGAAGUAAGCUACCGGAAUUAGAGCUUGUGUCUUUCCAUGGCAAUGUCCUAGAGUGGACCCAAUUUUGGGACCAGUUCAGUUCCAACAUUGAUCAAAGAAACUUGAGAGAUGUGGAUAAGUUUCUUUAUCUUAAGGCUUCCUUGAAGGGUGAAGCAAAAAUCAUAAUUGACGGUUUGGAAACCACAAACGAAAAUUAUAAAAUAGCCGUAGAUACACUUAAAGAAAGAUAUGGUAAUAGAAUACAGAUUAUUGACGCUCAUUACUCCUCCCUAUAUAAAGUUAAGAAAGCGAUGAAGCCUCAAGAUUGCAGGAAAACAUUAGAUGAAUUAGAAAGACACCUUAGAGUAUUGCAAUCCCUAGGAGAAGACACUAAUAAGAAUAACUUAAGGUUCCUUUUCAUGGAAAAAUUUCCUGAAGAUGUGAUUUAUGAGUUGAAACUGAAGUUGAAAACUGAAUCCACAGAAGAGAUAAGGAAACAGUUAAACGCUAUCAUAACGGCAAAGGAGGAUGUUGAUAGAAUUAAUGCAGAGGAUAAAAAUAUAGAACCUACCUUCACCACUGAAACGUUACACGUGAAAGAUAAUAAAGUUAAGGAUAAUAAUAAACAUUUGAGGAAAUUCACUGGUGAAAGGAAAUUUAAAAAUAAAUAUAAUAUGAAACCUAGAGGGAAGCCCAUCCAAACCGAAACGGGUACAUCAACAUUUUCUAGCGUAGACAGAAGGAAGAGACCGUAUGAAGCAAAUAACGAAUCAAGAAAUCAAUAUCCACCUAAAAAGCGAGACAGGAAAGAUUGUAUAUUUUGUCACGGUGAUCAUUUCAAUGAUAGUUGUCCGCGCUUUACAACUUUAGCUGAGAGAAAAGGCAAGUUAUCUGACCGCUGCUUCAUAUGUUUUAAAUAUGGUCACAGACAAAACACCUGCAGAACAACACAUGUCUGCCAUUAUUGUGGGGCAAGAAACCGACAUAACAGAGCAUUAUGCCCUGACAAAGAACUGCAAAAUACCACGACUACGUCUACUUAAACAACAAAAAAUCAAGAUAAACAACCAUUUUCAAACAACUGUAGUAAACAAUUAAACAACAUAAGACAUGAUAACUUCAUGAAAAUAUACAGAGUUUUGUUAGAAUGUAUUAUACAAAUAAUCAUUAAUCACCUGAUUCAUUAUUCAAGUUGUCAGAAUGUCUGCCUGAAAAAAGAUAGUAUAAUGAUAGAAAAUUCAUGUAAUUUGUUAAUGAAAUUUAGAUGCCACAAAAUUGGAAUAACCGCUGAUGUAGAAAAGGCUUUUCUACAGAUAGGCCUGAAUGAUAAUGACAGAGAUGUCACAAGAUUUUUAUGGUUAAAAGAUGUAUCCAAACCAGCAGUG